AUGAUUAUCGCAUACGAUAGACCGCCCAUCGAGGAUUUGCGCCCGCCGAAAGUUCCUGCGCGAGACGUUGGAGCUGCGGUCAUGGAAAUUGUCACUGCGGACGACAAAUCGAGAACUCUGCCUCAGUACCCCGGACCCUCGCUUCCAAUGCAUCGAAUUCCACACCCGGAGGCACCGCAUGGUCUCCCAGGGGCCCCAGGAUUGUACGAUCAGUCAUGGCGCCAAUAUCCGGCCUCAUACGAUACACACCAUCCUGAGCCACGGCGGCCUUCCAAUGCUCCUCAGCCGCCAGUACCUUCACAUAACUACCCUCCUAUGCAAAAUCGAGAGCUACCACAACUUCCCUCCGAUGGACCGUAUGGUCGACCGACCAGUUUACCGGCGCCUGCCCAUGCCCCUUCGGAGGCUGCUCCUCCACCACCACAUACGAACUUCCACCCCAUGAAUGGGGCUCCGCCCGAGUCAUCGCCUUUAUCUGCCCCUCCCGAAUUCACUAGAGCUCGAAUGUCUUUUCCACCUCAAGAUCAAACCCCCCAUACGAAUGGAGAUCCUCCGCCGCCUCCGCAAUCACUCCCCCCGAGUCAAUAUGCUGCUUCAGUCCCCCCAACCGUAUCACAUACGCCUGCCCCUUAUGACGCGGGUUAUUACCAGGCACAGUCAUUUAAUAUGCGACAUCGCAAGGCGACUCGAGCACAGCAGGCCUGCGACCAAUGCCGAGCAAGGAAGGCAAAGUGUGACGAGGGCCGCCCUGCUUGUAGUCAUUGUAAAGAAAACAACUUAAUAUGUGUUUAUAAAGAAGUACCCCCACACAAGCAAGAAAAGUCUACACAGCUGAUAUUGGACCGACUCCAACAAUUAGAGGAUCAAUUAGACACAAAACUACGCGGGCUGGAAAGACUCCAUGUCGGCCACGAUAAGACACUUGAUCAGAUCUCCGCAAUGCUUACAUGGGGCCCUGAUGGCGAGACCCAGAAUCCGGCACAAUUUCCCGUUAUGAAGGCGGAUGGUUUGGAUGUUGCACAGAAGCCUGAGGCUAAGGAACGGGUGACCUUGGCUGCUGAUGGUGGGAAAUCCAGCGACCCUAGCGUUUAUACGAAAACACUUCUUCAGACUGGAGAGGAUGGCGAGCUCUCAAUCCCCGUGGAACAUACAACAGCAGCGCAUAAGUUGCUAGGAUGGCCUUCUAUUACGAAACUGCUCCACCGAUAUGAUGACGACUAUGUCAUGAAGCUUGAACGGUAUCGCGGAUUAGUUCGGUUUGAGGGUCGAGGUGAAGCACAGGAAACAGAUGAGGAAAUUUCUUCGCAGCCGACAAGCUUCAACACGAGUUUGGAUGAAAACUUCUCGCAAUACGCCUCCCCUAAUGGAACUUGGAACUCGAACACGAAGUAUAAUGAUGCCCCUCCAGAGAUCAGAGGUAUUGAUGAAUAUGGUUUGGUAGCCAUCGACGCUGAAACAGUUCGUCGUUACCGCGACAGCUACCUCGAGCACAUUCACAAACUUCAUCCUUUCCUUAAUCAGCAUGACCUAGAGCAAAGGACCGAACGCUUUAUUGCUAUGCAUUGUCCAAAGGACCCCGAUUCAGCAGCUGUUCUAAGCGCGAGGAACUCGGCAGAGGCACCAAGGGGUGCUAAACGGAAGCGAUCAGGUGAGACGUUGCAUGGAACGACGUACGAUCAACAAUCACCUCCAACUGGGCAGCCAGACGGUGCCGCACCGCAUAGGGUACAAAAGUCGAUUCGCAACGCCAUCAUUUUGCUCGUUCUUGCCCUCGGCCGUAUUUGUGAAGUUCGUGACGAGCCGAUUCGUGGUGCCUGUACUGAUCGAAUAAUUGACUAUCGUAAUGAGCCAAUUCCUGGUGUACCACCACGCGCUGGUGUAUCUCCAUCUGGGCCCGACUCAAUGGGUCCGCCGGGGAACAGCUUCUACUCAUCAUUCCAGGACCAACCAGCACCCAUGCCGUCUGUGACAGACGAAAAAUUCAUCACUCACCCUGAUCCUCCUCAUCUUCAGAAUGUGGACACAGUUCCUGGACUGGUAUAUUACGCGUAUGCCGCGAGAAUUCUUGGUGAAAGCCAAGGAGCAACCUCGCUUCCAUAUGUUCAGGCUGCAUUGUUGGCGGGCUUAUACACCGGUCAACUGGCCCAUCCUUUCCAAAGUCAUUCUUGGAUCGCGCAGGCUGCCCGAGCAUGCCAGGUGCUCACCUUGCCGAAGAGCUACGGGGAGUUACAAGAUGAUCAUAACAAGGAUCUUGUUAACUUUGCGUACUGGACUUGCCUGCAGCUUGAGAGUGAUAUCUUGGCUGAACUGGACCUCCCUGCGAGUGGUAUCUCUCGAUCCGAAUCGCGCAUUAACCUUCCAAAGGGCAGAUUCACCAUCUCCUUGCCGAACAAUAUUUCUGCGCCUAAUACAAUGAUGAUGUUCUUCUAUUCCGCCCAAAUCCAUCUCAGAAAGGUUCUAAAUCGCGUACAUACGGACCUAUACAAGGUUGAGAAACAAGGAGAAACGCGGUGGUCAUCUAAUGUACAGGAAAUCCUGAGCAUGAAUCUCGACCUAUGGCGGAGCAGUCUUCCCCAGGAGAUGAGAUGGAGUGAUAAUGACCCCCCGUCUCCUGAUAUCAACGUUGCACGAAUGAGGGCCAAAUAUUACGGCGCGCGAUAUAUCAUUCAUCGGCCCCUGCUUUAUCAUGCUCUUCAUUAUUGCGGACCGAACAUGGGCCCGCCAUCUGUUGAUUCACCGUCUAGAUACGGAGAAGCUGCUUCAUCACAAGUGUCUCCAUCGUUAACACAUGGCCAGUAUGCUCCAGGCAUGACACGCAUGUCAAGUGACUUGGGCUCUGUGCCAGCUGCAAAUAGAACAGCCCAUACGUACCGUGACCUACCACAGAAACUUCGAAGGGCCUGCAAAGUGUGUUUGCAAAGUGCUGUAAGGAGUACAGAGGCGUUCGACGCAAUUAAGGGGCGUCCUGUGGUGACGAAUAUCUUUGGAACUGCUCAUGCACAAUUCGGGAACAUGCUGGUGCUGUCCACCGCAUACAUGUCGCACCUAACAGACCUCGUGAAUCGGAAUGAGCUCGAGAGACUCCUCCGCAGAACUAUUGCAUUUUUGCUCCGAAAUCGAAAUAUUUCACCAACUUUGCGCGCCGACGCAAAGAUCCUUGCUGACAUUUACGAGAAGAUUUUCGAGGAACCCCCGACGCUUGCUGUUAUGGACGGAUGA